AUGGACGAAAAAAAAUCACCACCAACUGCUAGUGGUUCUUUCUCCUUCAUCUCGUCAUCGGUCACUACAAAUAAAUGGAAGAACUCGUCAUCUGUACCAUCAUCGACAAGUGAUGGUGAUGGUACUGCGACUGUCAGUAGUAAAAAAACGAAGAGGACGGAAAGAGAUACCGUGCUAUCCCGACCUGUGCGUCGAGUUCUUCAAAAUUUUCUUCUGAUCUGGCUUGAUGCCGCUUUUGAUGAAUCCAAAGAGAAUUAUAAAGAAUCAAUACAACAUCUACGACAUAUUGUGGCAUCAAUUACAAUAUUUAUGGAUGCUGAUCAAUGUGUUGAUUUUCUCAGUGACAUUGAAGAUGAAAAAGUAUUUAUGAUUGUGUCUGGUACAUUGGGACAACAUAUCAUACCAGAAAUCCAAGUAUGUCCACAAUUAGCCUCCAUUUAUGUUUUCUGUGACAAUCAAUCGAUUCAUGAAUAUUGGAUCAAAACGAUACCCAAGGUAAAAGAUGUAUACACACAAAUCGAAGCAAUUUGUGAAGUAUUAAAAAUCGAUUGUGAACAUUGUGAUCAAGAUAUGAUCCCGAUCAGUUAUCAUGGUAUUGAUGCGUUAUUUAUGUAUACGCAAUUGUUAAAAGAAGCACUUUUGGAAAUUGAAGAUGAUGAUACAAAAUCGAUUAAAGAACUUGUUGAGUACUAUCGUCUUCAAGGCAAUGCUUCCGAAAAAACACUCGAAAAGAUCGAACGAGAAUAUCGUAAUCAUACACCAAUUUGGUGGUACACGGGUCCAUACUUUAUCUACUCAAUGCUUAAUCAUGGUCUUCGACAAAUGGAUGUCGACAUUAUACUUAAAAUGGGCUUUUUCAUCCGCCAUCUACAUCAAGAUAUUACAGAAUUACAUCGCGAACAACAACAAAGCAACAAAGCAGCAAUGCCAUCCAAAUUUGAAGUUUUUCGUGGUCAAGGCUUAUCCAUGGAAGCUUUUGAAAAAAUGAAGAAAACCAAAGGUGGACUUAUGUCGUUUAAUAAUUUUUUGUCAACAAGUCGUGAUCGUGAGAUUUCUUUGCAAAGCUACGCACGACUCGCAGCAUUCAAUGAGAAUUCAGUUGGCAUUCUCUUCGUUAUGAACAUCGAUACGGCCAUUUGCACAGCAUCAUCGACACCUUUCGUUAACGUCAAAAAUGUUGGCUUCUAUGACGAUCAAGAAGAAGAAAUUCUUUUUUCGACUCAUACAAUUUUUCGUAUCGACCGUAUAGAACGUAUUGAAGAUCAGCAUACAGAUCGUCUCUGGCAAAAAACUCUCCCACCGAAUCAUCCCGACUUGGCUACUUCCUACAACGGCAUCGGUGCGGUGUAUGAUAACAUGGGCGAGUACUCAGAAGCACUUUCAUCGUACGAACGAUCACUUGAAAUCCGAAAAAUAGCUCUCCCUCCGAAUCAUCCCGACUUGGCUGCUCCCUACAACAACAUCGGUAAUGUGUAUAAAAACAUGGGCGAGUACUCGAAAGCACUUUCAUCGUACGAAGUAUCACUUGAAAUUCGAAAAAUACUUCUCCCUCCGAAUCAUGUCGACUUGGCUGCUUCCUACAACAACAUCGGUGCGGUGUAUUAUAACAUGGGCGAGUACUCGGAAGCACUUUCAUCGUACGAACGGUCACUUGAAAUCCAAAAAAUAGCUCUCCCUCCGAAUCAUCCCGACUUGGCUAGUUCCUACGGCAACAUCGGUUUGGUGUAUGAUAAUCUGGACGAGUACUCAAAAGCACUUUCAUCGUACGAACGAUCACUUGAAAUCCAAAAAAUAGCUCUCCCUCCGAAUCAUCCCUUAUUGGCUGCUUCCUACAACAACAUCGGUAUGGUGUAUGAUAACAUGGGCGAGUACUCGAAAGCACUUUCAUCGCACGAACAAGCACUUCAUAUCGACCAGAAAGCUCUCCCUUCAAAUCAUCCCGACUUAGCUUCUGAUUACAAUAACAUCGGUAAUGUGUAUGAUAGCAUGGGCGAGUACUCGAAAGCACUUUUAUCGUAUGAACGAUCACUUGAAAUCCGAAAAAUAGCUCUCCCUCCGAAUCAUCCCGACUUCGCUCAAUCCUACAACAACAUCGGUAAUGCGUAUGAGAACAUGAGCGAGUACUCGAAAGCACUUCGAUAUUACGAAAAAGCCCAAGACAUCUGGAAAAAAUCACUACCUCCAACACAUCCACAUAUUGCGCUUGUGAAAAGUAACAUUGAAGAUGUAAAAAAGAAAAUGUAA